AUGACGAAAGCAAACAUUCCAUAAAGUGUUAAAAUUUCACUAAUUUCAUAACUGAUAAUGUUGGUUGUGGCUAUUUUAUUUGAGUUUACGCUCUUUUUCACAAAUUUAUAUGAGAUAUAUUCACCACAAAUAUGUACGAUCUCAUUCACUGGAAAAGAGAGAUGUUUAAAUUAUGAUGGCCAAUAUGAAACUUUUACUGUAGAAUGCUAAGACUGCUAAUUCUUACACCUCAUUUGGCCAUUGUCUUUGGCUGAAAUUACAUUAUUAAUGUGUAUUUUUAUAUGCAAAAUAUACUAUUUCUUUACUCUGAAAUGUGGCACUAUCAUAAAGGUAAUAUCAAUUGUUUUAAUUGCAGUUAUACUAAGCUUGGAAAUCUAUUUGCUUUUACAAUUUGAUAGCAAUAUCCCCUAAGUUUUAACCUUUAAUUAUACAAUCAAAUUAUAUCCCAUCGUCACCAAACUCCUUAUUGGAGUUUUGAUCUUGUCUAUAAUUAUAGCCAUUUGGGUUGAAGAUAUUCAAACUCUGAAAUAUAAGAAGCAGCAAUCAAUAGCAAGUUCUUCUAGCUGUUAUUCACAAUAAUUGUUAUAAAUUUAGUGA